AUGAAAGUACGUUCUUCGGUCAAACUCAUGUGCGAUGGAUGCGCUAUUGUAAAAAGGAAGGGGAGGGUAUACGUUAUCUGUUCUCGAAAUCCAAAACACAAGCAGGUGAGUCAUAUUCUAUCCCUCAAUUUUGCGUUCCUUGAAUUAAAAUCGGCAUUUUCAUCCUCGCUUUCAGCGUCAAGGCUAGAGCCUCGAUAG